AUGCGUUCAGCAGUCGUCGCCUUUUUGAUUGCUUGGAUGGGGUCCUUGUCCCUCUGCAAUGGGAGAGAAAAUCCCGCGGCCCGACGGCACCCAAAGUUCACUCGACGCGCUGUUCCCUUUGACAAAUGGACUCGGAACGGCCCAGUUCCUAGGAAAUUCGACAGCGUUAGUACAAGGAGAUUCGCUGUUAAUGGCACCGGGAUUCCUGAUGUUGCUUUUGACAUUGGUGAAGCAUAUGCGGGGACGCUUUCCACUACAAAAGAUCUGAAUGGAACUGAGAGAUUCUACUUCUGGUUCCAACCUUCACCUAAUCCGACUGCGAAGAAGGAGAUUGUUAUUUGGCUUAAUGGUGGUCCAGGAUGCUCAUCCCUUGAGGGACUUCUGCAAGAGAAUGGGCCUUUCUUAUGGCAGUAUGGCACCUAUAAACCCGUCCCGAACCCGUGGAGCUGGCACCAUCUCAGUAACGUGCUUUGGGUAGAACAGCCAAUUGGCACAGGCUUCUCUCAGGGACAUGUGACGGCUAGGAAUGAGGAGGAUGUAGCAAAGCAGUUUUUGGGCUUCUUUAAGAAUUUUGUUGAGACAUUUUCCACGCAAGGAUACAAGGUGUACAUCACGGGGGAGUCUUACGCCGGCAUGUACUGCCCGUAUAUCGCAAGCGCUAUGCUAGAUGCAAAUGAUACAACCCAUUUCAACAUGAAGGGCAUGAUGAUCUACGACCCUGUUAUUGGCGUUACCAGGCUUCAAAACGACAUUGUCACCGUUCCUUUUAUCGAUUCCAACAGAAACUUGUUUCCACUCAACGAUUCAUUCGUCAAGGAAAUCCACCGUGCUGAUAAAGAUUGCGGCUUUGCCGCGUUGCGUGCAAAACAUCUCAAAUACCCACCUAAUAGUCGACUGCCCUCCGUCUUGCCUGGCCUCGACCCAAAGACGGGUGACGUGCUUCCAGGCUGCAGUCUCUCGCAGCGUGUUGAAGAUGCCGUCACUGCGCUCAAUCCUUGCUUCAACAUAUACCAGAUAGCAACAACCUGCCCGCUGCUAUGGGACGUGCUUGGCUUCCCUGGUGCCUUUGAGUAUCUACCUCGGGGUGCAUCCAUCUACUUUAACCGUACAGACGUCAAGAAAGCUAUCAAUGCUCCUCUCGAUGUGAAUUGGAUGUCAUGUUCCGACGAAUCUGUCUUCGCUGGGGAUGGUGCGGACCACUCCGAGCCAUCUUCCGAUAAUGUCCUGGGUCGUGUCAUAGACGGCACGCAAAAUGUUAUCAUUGGCCACGGGGCAUUAGACUUUGGUCUCAUCGCAAAUGGCACACUUAUGGCAAUUCAGAACAUGACUUUUGGUGGAAAGCAGGGCUUCCAGAAGCGCCCUAUCGAACAAUUCUACGUCCCCUACCACACUGAUGGCACUGAUGCCACAUUAGCAGGCGCCGGUGUCUUUGGCACGGCUCAUACGGAACGUGGCCUAACAUAUGUUGAAGUUUCGCUGGCCGGCCAUAUGGUUCCGCAGUAUGCACCAAGCGCCGCGUAUCGACAUCUUGAGUUUCUUCUUGGCCGUGUCGAUUCGCUUAGCAGCAUGAAGCCCUUUACUACAAAUAAUGAGAGUUCUGUGUAG